CUCUGUCUUCUCUCGCACAGCGAUGGAGAUUUUCUCUUUGGGUUUGAAAAAGUUUGUUGCCAAACGCAAAACCCCUUGAAAAAUCUUGAAGAAGACGAUAAACCCCAAUAAUCACUAGAAAUGCCGGUUGUGCGCCAAUCAAUUUCCCUCAAUUCCGCCGCCUUCGGUGAAGCUACCCACGGUGGUCUCCCUUCUUCUUCCUCUUCAUCCAUUAAUACACCUGAAAUACAAAAGCCGGCGGUGAAUGACACCGUCAAUGUAAUCACGAUCAAAUCAGAGGACGAGGAGGAGUAUACUGGAGCCAUUGGCUUUGGCGAUGAGUUUGAGGGUGUAAAUGAAGAUGGAUCAUCAUCUUCGUCUUUUUCAGUUGAUUUGCCCAAAUCCAUGGAGGGUUUACACGAUACAGGUCCGCCACCGUUUCUAAAGAAGACUUUUCAGAUGGUGGAGGAUCCGGAGACGGAUUCCACUGUGUCUUGGAGUAAAAAUGGUGAUAGUUUUAUCGUCUGGGACGCUCAUGAAUUUUCCAAAACUUUGCUUCCUAAAUACUUCAAGCACUGUAACUUUUCCAGCUUCAUUCGCCAGCUUAACACCUAUGGCUUUAGAAAGAUUGAUCCUGAUAGAUGGGAGUUUGCAAAUGAAGGGUUUCGUGGAGGGGAGAAGCAUUUGCUCAAGAACAUCAAGAGAAGAAGUAGGUACAACAAGCAGCAACAGGGAAAAGCAAUCGGUGAUGAUUCACCUAAAUCAGAUUUGGAAGCUGAACUUGAAAAUUUGAAGAAUGAUCAAGAUUUAUUGAGGAUCGAAAUCCUCAAACUCAGGCAGCAACGAGAAAACUCGGAUAAUCAACUCAGCAUUGUUGAACAGCACAUUCAAGUUGCAGAGUGCAAGCAAUUACAGAUGUUCAUUUUCCUGAAUAAAGCGGCUAAGAACCGUGCCUUCAUUCAAAAUCUUAUCCAGAAGAGAAAACAACAGAGAGAACUGGGUGGGAGUGCUUUCAAGAAAAGAAGAUCGCUUUCAACCCAAAUUCCUAAAAGCUUGCCUGAUGCAGCAGAUGCAAGCCAAAGUGUCAACUGUAGACACCAAGCUCAGGAACAAUUGGCUGCAAUGCAAACUGAACUCACUGAGGUAUUAAGAGAGGAUACAGAGACCAACACAAUGUCAAAACUAAUCGAGCAGCCGAUGAGUGAUGAGCUUUACAGUCCUAUUGAUGAUCAGAAGGCUAGUUUGAUAUGUGGCACCAAUGAUAGAGAAACCGUUUACCAUCUAAUGUCUGAGAAAUUACUGGAUGACAAUGCAGGUUCUGAGAAUUUAGUUGAACAAGACCUGGAAGUGAACGAGACUAAAUUGUACCUUGAACUGGAAAAUUUGAUUGGAAAGCCAUGAAGUUUGGGUGGAUAUGUAACUGAGCUGGCAGAGCAUAGGGGUUGUAUUUUAUUUUGAUCAAAGCUUUUGAUUUCUAUGGUAAUGUUUUUAGCAUACAGGUUCCAAGUUUUCUUGACUACAUACACAAGAGUGUAAGGUGGCCAUUCCACUUGAGCUCCAAGCCACAUUGCAGAGAUGCUUGUGUUUGAGAAUGGUCACAAAUGUCAAUACUUUUGGCUUCAUUUUCCUUUUUUCACCAGUGUGUAGAUAUCUGGAUUGUAAAAAUGGUCACACCAGUAAAUACCAGAGUUUAGUUCUGCAGCAAAAGUUUUGCAAUA